AAAAAAAUAAACAAGAUGGCUGCUAUAGUAAAUGAGCAUGGUUGCAUCUGUUGGAAACAUCGCUAGUCUUCAUUUAUUACUGAAAUUUUUUAAUUCAAUUGUUUAAAAACAGUUCAUUUCUGAGAUGCUGUCCAGCAUGGAGGUUAAAACAGAUGUGUUAUCUGCAGUUUCAUCUACUGUAGAUAUACAGUCAAAUGAAUUAACAGAGUUUUCAUCUUCUGAAGAUUUGAAACCUGAUCUAUCAACCAUAGUAUUAUCAUCUUCUGAAGACAUAAAAACAGAAUUAACAUUUUUUAAUUUCCAGGAUAUAAAACCUGACAUGACAUUUAAAACCCAUCAAGAUGUUAAACCUGAUGUUACAACAGAAUUUUCUUCUUCUGAAGACGUAAAAGCAGAAUUAUCAACAUUGUUUUAUUUCCAGGAUAUAAAACCUGAUAUGACAUCUAAAAACCCUCAAGAUGUUAAACCUGAUGUUACACCAGAAUUUUCUACUUCUGAUGAAUUAAAACCAGAAUUAUCAUUUUUUAAUUUCCAGGAUAUAAAACCUAACAAGUCAUUUAAUUCUUCUCAAAAUUUUAAUCCUGAUAUUACAUUUUCAAUUGAAAAAAUUAAUAAGAAACCUGCUGCAACAGCAGUAUUUUCAACAUCUAAAAAUAUAAAACCAGAAUUGUCAACUACUGAAAGUUUAAAACAAGAUUUGGCUAAACAAUUUUUAUUUCUUGAGGACAAACAACAAAAUGGACUUGAAGAAAAUCUACAAAUGUCUAUGGACAAAAAUAAGGUUGUUCAUUGUCAUCAAAUAUUUUCUCAAAGUUCUAAUAUUAAUAUGCAUAAAAAUGUUCAUUCUGGAGAUAAGCCAUAUGAAUGUGAUGUUUGUCAUAAAAGGUUUUCUCAAAGUUCUAAUUUAAGAAAACAUAAAAAGAUUCAUUCAGGAGUAAGGCCUUAUGAAUGUGAUGUUUGUCACAAAAGAUUUAGUGAUAAGAAGGGUCUAUUACGACAUAAAAAAGUUCAUUCAGAAGAUAAACCACAUGAAUGUGAUGUUUGUCAUAAAAGGUUUUCUCAAAGUUCUAAUUUAAGAACACAUAUAAAGAUUCAUUCAGGAGAAAGGCGUUUUGAAUGUGAUGUUUGUCACAAAAAAGUUAGUGAUAAGAAGGGUUUAUUACGACAUAAAUUUAUUCAUUCAGGAGAGAAACCACUUGAAUGUGAUGUUUGUCAUAAAAGGUUUUCUCAAAGUUUUUAUUUAAGAAAACAUAAAAAGGUUCAUUCAGGAGAAAGGCCUCAUGAAUGUGAUGUUUGUCAUAAGAACUUUGUGGAUAUGAAGGAUCUAUUACGUCAUAAAAUUGUUCAUUCUGGACAUAAGCAAUAUGAAUGUGAUGUUUGUCAUAAAAGGUUUUCUGAAAAAUCUAAUUUAAAAACACAUAAAAAGGUUCAUUCAGGAGUAAGGCCUCAUGAAUGUGAUGUUUGUCAUAAAAAUUUUGUGGAUAUGCAGGCUCUAAUACGUCAUAAAAUUGUUCAUUCUGAACAUAAGCAAUAUGAAUGUGAUGUUUGUCAUAAAAGGUUUUCUGAAAGUUCUAAUUUAAGAGAACAUAAUAAAGUUCAUUCUGGAGAUAAGCCGCAUGAAUGUGAUGUUUGUCAUAAAAGGUUUUCUCAAAGUUCUAAUUUAAGAACACAUAAAAAGAUUCAUUCAGGAGAAAGGCCUCAUGAAUGUGAUGUUUGUCAUAAGAACUUUGUGCAGAAGAUGGGUCUAUUACGACAUAAAAAAGUUCAUUCAGGAGAUAAGCCGCAUGAAUGUGAUGUUUGACAUAAAAAUGUUAGUGAUAAGAAGGGUCUAUUACAUUAUAAAUUUAUUCAUUCAGGAGAUAAACCACAUGAAUGUGAUGUUUGUCAUAAAAACUUUGUGGAUAUGAAGGAUCUAUAACGUCAUAAAAUUAUUCAUUCAGAAGAUAAGCAAUAUGAAUGUGAUGUUGUCUUAAAAGAUUUUUUCGAAGUUCUGAUUUAAGACAAAAUAAUAAAGUUCAUUUAGAAGAAAGGCCACUAGAAUGUAACAUUUGACAUGCAUGGUUUUCUCAUAUUUCUUGUUAAUCUUCACACAAAAAAAAAAUUAUUAUAGAGAAAAGCCACAUGAACGUGAUAUUAGUCACAACAGGUUUACUCAGAAGAAGAAUUUGUUAUGACAUAUGUGUUUUUACAGGUUAUAAGCCAUAUGUAUGUAUAAAAGAUUUUAUCAAUGUUCUUAUUUAAGUGCACUUGUAAAGUCACUCAAGAGACAAGCCACAUUAAUCUGGUUUUUGUCAUAAAAGAUUUUCUCAAAGUUUUAAAUAGUUUUAGUCUAUAUGCACAUGAGAAAAAUCAAUCAGGAAAAGAAGCCACUUGAUGUUUGUUACUAAAGAUUUUCUCAAAUAUCUAAUUCUAAUACUCAUAAAAAAUCCAUUCUUGAGGUAAGGUAGGAAAUUCAUUAUGACUUAACACCAAUUUGGGGAUGGAGUGGUCUAGCGGUAGAGAGCUGGACUGCUUACCCGUAAGUCUCGAGUUCAUAUCCUGGUUGAAGUAAUUAGACCGUCCUGAGUCCACCCAACUCUGAUGGGUACACAACUCACGUUAGUGAAAGUAAAGGCGGCUGGGCAUAGUGCUGAUCACACUAUCUCUUCAUAUGCCAAGGUCACAGAAACAAGUGAACUCUACUUCACUUGCCCUAUAUACCAUCAGGUUUGGAAAGAAAACUUUUAACACCAAUUUAAUUCAUUUUUUAACAAAAUAAAUUAAUUCUAGAGCAAAUUAUUAUUAAAAUACCCUUUUAUAAUUUUUUCUCAUCACAUAACUUUAUUUAGCGGUUAUCCAAUAGUGGGCCAUAGUUUAUCAAUUUUUAUAUUUGUAUUAUGAAAAGGUUUUUUUGUUGUGGUAAAGUAUACAACAGGGGUCUGCUUGCGUCUAGCCGCAUGCAGCUCUUUUGAUGUCAAGUUGUGUCUCUUGUAUGGAGUUCCAUACACACGUAAUUUCAUUUUCAAGACUCAUAACAAAUAUUAUACUGUAAAAAAAACAACUUUAAAUGGGAUAAAAAUACUCAGAGUACAAUAAGUGUAGGUGUGGUAGAAAAUUUAUGGACAGCUGACAGCCACUUGGGCACCAGACCUAUUUAAAAACAGGUGCAUAAAUGAAACAAGGAAACAUUUUUGUAUUUUUUUAAACUUAAAUCCUCCUCAAAAGGUGAAAUAAUUAUUAAAAUUUAAGGAAACACCUGUUUUUCACAUUACUAGUCGUGGGCAAUUUUCCGUACCUAAAGUGAUAGAUUACCAAAAGUUGCAUAUCCAGAGAACUUGUAAAUUAUUAUUUUUAGUUCAAGGCUACUCUACAUAAUACUUGUAAAGUUUUAUAACUCCGAAGUUUCACUUUUGUAAGACAGACCUUCAUUGGCUGUAUGGAUCUCUGAAAUCGAUCCUCUCAAAAUUACACUUAAUAAAAAUUGUAUUAGUAUUUAAUUUGUACUCAAAACUUAGUCAAUUAUUUAAGUCAAUACAAUUUUUAGGGGCCUAAAUAAUUUUUUUUGACCAUACAACUUAGUUCAGCUAUGUUUGUUGUCAUUUUC